AUGAGUGCGAACAACGAUAAUAACUUCGAGUGGUUUGAAAAAGAGGUUUUAUUUGAUCAUGAAGAUCAAAAUUCUGACGAUGAUGAUUUUCCUGACCAAUUAGAAGAAAAUUUUGAUAACACGGACACAGAGCAAUCAGAUUCCGAAAACGAAGAGUUCAAUGAUAAUAACAAUAAAGAAACGUUUUUUAUUGGAAAAGAUAAAACAACAAAAUGGUCAGCCAGUCCUGGGAAUAAAAAUGUAAGAACGAGAAAACAUAAUAUUAUUAAAAAACUCCCAGGAGUGAAGGGUGAAGCUAAAAAUGCUAAAAGCAUUUUAGAAUGUUGGCAGUUAUUUUUCACUGAUAGUAUGAUCAAAAAAAUUGUUGAAUAUACAAAUAUUCGACUUGACAAAAUUAAAAGGAAUUACAAACGGGAAAGAGAUGUACGGCCUACUAGUGUAAUUGAAAUCAGAGCCGUUUUUGGUUUGCUUUAUUUAAUCGGGACAAAAAAAAGUAAUCAUUUAAAUUUGGAAGAAUUGUGGACUACUGACGGAACAGCACCGGAUUAUUUUCGUGCUGCAAUGAGCCUCCAAAGGUUUUACCAAUUAUUAAAUGCUAUAAGAUUUGACAAUAUUCACACUCGAGAAGAGAGAAUUAAAUCGGACAAACUAGCUCCUAUUCGUGAAAUUUUUGAGGCCUUUAAUAAUAAUUGUAAAAAACACUUUACACCAGGCCAGAAUGUAACACUUGACGAAAUGUUAGAAUCUUUCCGUGGGCGAUGUAGUUUUCGCCAGUACAUGCCAAUCAAACCGGCAAAAUACGGGAUAAAAGUUUGGGCAAUAGUUGACUCUCGAUUAUUUUAUACUGUAAAUUUAGAGAUUUACCCUGGAAAGCAGCAAAAUGGUCCUUACAAUGUUUCCAAUGCAGUGAAUGAAAUAGUCAAACGUGUUUCAGAACCGAUCCUGAAUACUGGUCGCAAUAUAACUAUGGACAAUUAUUUUUCUUCCAUUCCACUUGCAAUUGAUUUGGUAACUAAUUGUAGGACAACUAUUGUAUCGACACUGCGCAAAAAUAAAAGGGAGAUUCCGCCGGAAUUUGUUGCCGUUAAAGGACGAAAUAUUUGCAGCAGUAAAUUUGGAUUUACCGAAAAAUGUUCACUUGUUUCGUACGUCCCGAAGAAAAAUAAAAAUGUACUUAUGCUGUCAACUCUUUACAAUUCGGAUGAUAUUGAUAAAGAUACCGGCUCAAGAAAAAAACCUGAAAUAAUUACGUUUUAUAAUUUGAUGAAAGGAGCAGUCGAUGUUGUCGACGAAUUAAAAGGGACGUAUAGUGUGAGCAGGGAAACUCGUCGUUGGCCAAUGGUGCUAUUUUAUUCAUUUCUCAAUAUAGCCGGAAUAAAUUCGCAAAUAAUUCUCAGAGAUAAUUCCGGCGAAAAAAUGACACGCAGAUCAUUUUUAAGCAGAUUAAGAAAAGAGCUUGUUCAGCCAUUUUUCAAAACUCGAUUGGAAGAGGCUCCACUAACGCACGAAUUACGAUUGUUGAUAAAAAAAUUGGACAUGUCAAAAUCAAUCAAGAAAAGAUUGAACAAAUUCAAGGGAUGUGUGAUUUUUGUCCAAGAAGAAAAAACAGAAAAACCAAAAAACGGUGCCAAUUUUGCUCUAAAUUUAUAUGCCCAGAGCAUACUCGAUAUUUUUGUGAUGGAUGCUAAAUUAAAAAGACGAUAA